AUGGCGCCCAUCACGAAAAAGCGGGCGGCCGCGAAAGACGACGAUUUCGUUUUGACGUUAUCGGACGACGAGAAUGAUCGGUUUGAUGGCAUUGAUGCUGAAGAGAAGGAUGACGGAGCCUUGUCGUCGUCGAAAAAGCGCAAGAGAGAGGGUGCUGAGAGUGCGGCUUCUAAAAGCACGAAUAAGAAGGUGAAGAAGCAGCAGCAAGAACAGCAACAGAAAGGGAAGAAGGGUUCACAAAAGCCAGUGGUGCAAGAGGAUAAGUCUGGAGAUGAGGAUGAGGAAGAGGAGGAAGAGAGAGGUGCUGACGAGGACGACGGCGCUCUGGAUUCCGAAUUCGAGUUUGAUGUCGGCGGUGUGACAAAUGAGGUUGUGGAGGGAUUCGACGGGUGGGGUGCGAACGGAGAUGAUAGUGAGAAGAAGGGGGAUAAGAAGGCGGUUGACAUUGAUGAUAUUAUCUCAAGGAGGAGGGAGAAGAGAGAGAAGAAGGCCGAAAAGGAGAAGAAAAAGGGGAAGAAGCAGGAGGAGAGCGAAGACGAGCAGGAAGAAGAGGACGAGGAGGAUGGAGCUAUGUCUGUUGACUUCGAAGAUGAUGAACUGCUCGCUACAGACGGGUUUGGUAUGGGUGCUGAUGGGGCAGAGGAGUCGGAAGCGGAGGGGAAUGAAGGCUCCGAUGAAGAGAGUGAGGAUGAUGAUGGAGAAGGGAGCGGUGACCAUGACGACGACGACGAUGCUGCAUCUGACAAUGACUCUGUUGCCACACCAGUAAACCAUCCGGACGACAUGUCGGGUGGUGAGUCGGACGCCGAAAGCGACGUUGACGCUGAGGAAGAGGAAAAACGCAAGGCUUUCUUCGCACCAGAAGAGAAGACGAACGAAACCUCAAAAGAGGAUGGAGUCAAGAGAUCUUUCCAGGAAUUCAACCUCUCCCGACCUAUUCUUCGUGGACUAGCAGCCGUCAACUUUACGAACCCCACACCCAUCCAACAGAAGGCGAUCCCCGUCGCCUUGCUAGGCAAAGAUAUUGUCGGUAGUGCCGUGACCGGUUCAGGAAAGACGGCUGCCUUCGUUGUCCCCAUUCUCGAGCGUCUUCUCUUCCGACCCCGAAAGGUCCCUACUAGCCGCGUUGCCAUUCUCAUGCCUACUCGUGAACUGGCUGUGCAAUGUUACAACGUCGCUACAAAACUCGCUACAUACACCGACAUCACAUUCUGUCAACUUGUCGGAGGUUUCAGUCUCCGCGAACAAGAGAACAUCCUCAAGAAGCGCCCGGACGUCAUCAUCGCCACACCCGGUCGUUUCAUCGACCACAUGCGCAACUCAGCAAGCUUCACUGUCGACACUCUAGAAAUCCUGGUUCUUGAUGAAGCCGAUCGUAUGCUCGAAGACGGUUUCGCAGACGAGCUGAACGAGAUCCUGACUACAAUCCCCAAGUCCCGCCAGACAAUGCUCUUCUCCGCCACAAUGACCGACACGGUCGACAAACUGAUUCGCGUCGGCUUGAACCGCCCUGUCCGAUUGAUGGUUGACUCGAAGAAAAAUACCGCCUUGACACUUGUCCAAGAAUUCGUGCGUUUACGACCAGGGCGCGAAGACAAGCGCCUAGGCUACCUCGUCCACCUGUGUAAGCAGGUCUACACCGGCCGUGUGAUCGUUUUCUUCAGACAGAAGAAAGAGGCUCAUCGGGUGCGAAUUGUGUUCGGAUUGCUGGGGCUCAAGGCUGCGGAGCUUCAUGGUAGCAUGAGUCAAGAACAGCGUAUCAAAAGCGUUGAGAGCUUCCGAGACGGAAAUGCGAAUUUCCUCCUCGCCACCGAUCUGGCCUCUCGUGGUCUCGAUAUCAAGGGUGUCGAGACAGUCAUCAACUAUGAAGCCCCACAGAGCCAUGAAAUCUACGUCCACCGUGUUGGUCGAACAGCCCGUGCCGGCCGUUCCGGUCGUGCAUGCACCAUUGCUGCAGAGCCAGACCGAAAGGUCAUCAAGGCGGUAGUCAGGGUCGGAAAAACACAAGGCGCCAAGAUCGUCAGCCGUGUUGUCGAACCGGCUGUUGCCGAUGAUUGGGCCGCGAAAGCAGCGGAUAUGGAAGAGGAGAUCGACGAGGUGCUGGAGGAAGAGAAACUAGAGAAGCAGCUGGCCCAGGCGGAGAUGCAGGUGACCAAGGGUGAGAACCUGAUCAAGCACGAGACUGAGAUCAAGUCGCGACCUAAGCGGACGUGGUUUGAGACGGAGCAAGAGAAGCGAGUUGCGAAGAAGAAUGGCGCAACAGAGCUGAAUGGACCGGCGAAGAAGGAUAAGGUGAAGCUUAGCAACAAAGAUAAGAAGCGGUUGGAUGACGCGCGGAUGCGACAAGAAGAGGGACUCGGAAGGAAAAAGAGCAAAUCGCAGCGCGAGGACCCGAAAGCCGGCAAGGAUAAGAAGUCUGGGAAGGGGAAAGGAAAAGGGAAAGGCAAGGGGAAGAAAUAA